CUAUAGUGUUAUCUCUGUUUGGAGAAACUGAAGUGAAGCGAAGCAGCGGAGAGACAUUUGUAAGGCCGAAGGUCGCUGCGUUUGUGAGCACAACAAGCUAGGAUCGGAAAGCUGCCUGUUGCCUUCAGCCAAGAUGUUGCAUCUGGUUGCCCUCCUCCUGCUCUUCAUAAUUUUCCGGCUAGCUUUGGGACUUCCUUGGCUCCAAGUGAUUCCAGCUCUGUUGAUAUUCUACUUGGGCUCUGGUGGGUGGCGAUUCCUUCGGAUAGUCAUCAAAACGGGGCGUCGAGACAUCAGCACGGGGCUCAUCGUCCUGCAGACGCGAAUGAGAGUUUGGUGGUACGUGAGACAGAAGUACACCAUCCCCACGCUGUUCCAGCAGACAGUGCAAAGACAUCCGGAGAAAGUGGCUCUCGUUUUCCAAGGGACAGACGAAUCCUGGACCUUUCGGGAACUCGAUGAGUACUCUAACAAAGUGGCCAACUUCCUGUACGGGCAGGGCUUCCGCUCCGGGGAUGUAGUCACCUUGUUCAUGGAAUCUUGCAACAAGUUUGUCGGUCUGUGGCUUGGCAUGGCCAAGAUCGGAGUGGAGGCGGCUCUCGUGAACUCUCACGUGCGGAAGGAGUCUUUGCUGCACUGCAUCAGCAUCUCCCAGUCGAAAGCGGCCGUGUUUGGGAGUGAGCUGAACGAAGCCAUGCAAGAGGUUCAGUCUUCACUGGCGAAAUCCCUUCUCCUCUUCUGUUCCGGCGACUGGAAAGAAGACCGGGUCCCUCCAGGCACAAAACAUCUGGACCCUCUGGUGGAAAAAGCAUCUCGUGAUCCACCGCCUCCGUCACCGAAAGGGUUCUUAGCCAUGCAAGAGGUUCAGUCUUCACUGGCGAAAUCCCUUCUCCUCUUCUGUUCCGGCGACUGGAAAGAAGACCGGGUCCCUCCAGGCACAAAACAUCUGGACCCUCUGGUGGAAAAAGCAUCUCGUGAUCCACCGCCUCCGUCACCGAAAGGGUUCUUAGAUAAACUAUUUUACAUCUACACUUCAGGGACGACGGGGUUGCCCAAGGCUGCAAUCAUAGUCCAUUGCAGUGGGAAAUGGGAGAUCGUCCAAAAAGGCUGCAGUGGUAUCUCAGAGCUCUCCGGCAUGCUCUGUCAUAUCCUGUCGGAUGAGUAUCUGAUCAUACAGUACAUUGGGGAGAUCUGUCGCUACCUCUUGAACCAGCCGUCGCAGGACGUGGAACGCAAGCACCGAGUGCGAAUGGCCUUGGGCAACGGCCUGCGGGCCUCCAUUUGGAAGGAGUUCACCACCCGGUUUGGCAUCCCCCAGAUAGCUGAAUUUUAUGGUGCCACCGAGUGCAAUUGCAGUGUGGGCAACUUUGACAACAAG